CUUGGAUUCACUAUAAAAUAAAUUAAUUGAAGUUUAUAGACACACAGAAGUAAUAUUGACAAUAUGAAGUCUACCGUUACUUUUAUAUUUAUUGCUGCUAUUACCACUUUGACAUCUGCACGCCCCACAUUCGACAAAAUUGCCGAAGCUUUGCUGGAAGUUGUUGACCCCAAUCCAUACUCGAGAUAUCCGUCAGGAUCCGCCAACUACCAACCGGGUUACCAUCAACACCAUCAUGAUCAUCAUUACUAUGGCAAUGGCGCCCAACCAGAUGGUUACUAUCAACAGCUUCAUGGGGGCUAUUAUCCCGCCCAAGUGUCAUAUGUGCAAGGACCAGGACCCUAUGCACCCGGACAUUACCCUCAACAGCAUUAUCCACAGGGGCACUAUGCACAUGGAAAUUACGGCGGCAACGGCUAUGUGCAUCCUGAACCGGCUCUAUCGGUGGGCAUUACUGCUGGCUAUGAGCCAUCAGGAUAUGCGCGGCAUCACUCAUAUAAACAACAUGGCUAUUAGCGGUAUUGACAACACACUUUUUUGAAAAUUACAAAGUCACUAUUUUAUUUAAAAUUUUCACAUUAAAAAAUAUUAGUAGAAAUCAUUUAAACACAAAUUUUUCAUAAAUGGUAUUAAUCAAACUUAGUUUAUUAAAAGUACAAUCACAAUGAAUUAAAAAGCAUUAGCGACUAGGCCAUCAGCUUUACGUAACAUAAGUAUUUAUAUAAUAACUAG